GAGGCUUGGUGGUAAUUAUAUUAAUGAGGGCUUCCCUGGGGAAGAAUCUGUGACAUCAGGAGAGGCACUUACCAAUUACAAGGCUGGGGGAGGAUCACUGUACUGUGAAGAGUUUGGUAGAGAAAAGGUACCAUUUAGCUGACAGGCAGAGGCUUAGCUGAGCUUCUGGUGACUAGAGAAAGAGGUGGACUAUGGAGCAUGGACAUGGGGUUCCAUCAAUGUUGACAUAGACUUGGCCAGACUGGUCUCCAACAUUAACAAUGACCUCACUAGCAGAGACCCUAUUGGACCCAUCCAGGUCUUCUUACCUGGACUUCAACCAUGGACCAACAAGUUCUCCACAACAUCAACACUCUCCAGUCUUGUCUCAUGGACAUUACCCAUUGCAUGGCUUCCACGCCAGUGGACAUGAUAGCCUUUUCUCCCCAGGGACUUCAUCUUAUGGAAGCAGAUCCUUGGCUUACCCCUAUGCAACUGCUGUUCCAAACCAUCACCCUCAUCAUGAGGGGAGCUCUUACCUGAGCUACCAACAUUAUCCUAGUACCACUGGCCAUGGUGGGAGGCUACAUGAAGACCCAGAGAUAGAGAAAUCAACAGUCAUAGAAAAUGGGGAAAUCCGAAUAAAUGGCAAAGGAAAGAAGAUAAGGAAACCUCGAACGAUAUACUCUAGUCUUCAGCUACAGGCGUUAAACCAGAGGUUUCAACAGACACAGUAUUUGGCUUUGCCAGAGAGAGCUGAGUUAGCUGCCCAGCUUGGCCUUACGCAGACCCAGGUGAAAAUAUGGUUCCAAAACAAGAGAUCUAAAUACAAGAAGAUCAUGAAACAUGGUUCUAGUGUUCAAGAUGGAGACCUCUCUCAUACUUCAUCCUCAUUAUCUCCAUGCUCACCCAACAUGCCUCCAUUAUGGGAGAUGCCCUCUGUUGGUAAAACUGCCCAAAUUUCCUCCAGUUAUAUGAACAGUUUCAGUCCUUGGUAUCAGACUCAAGACAACAUGUCAAGACCACCAAUGAUGUGAUUUAAAAAAAUAUCUAGAAUGUCACAAGGUCCAGCACAUAAAACAUUUGCCAUUUGCGUCACUCACAGAUGGAAACAUCUUAGUGUCAUUCAUGACUGAUAUGUUGUGUAAAAGUUACUAAAUUAUUGAAAUACUUGGUUGUUUGAACCAAAAGAAGGACACUCUUGAGUGAACAUGUCAUCUAGACUCCUCAAAGACUACAGAUUUAUUGCUAAUCAAUGAGGCUUUCUCAACACUCAUUCUUCAGGGAAUUGAAGUGGAUAAUACUUGAUGGAAGAUAUCUAUUGUUGAAGUUAUCACCCCUAAACUUCAAUUAUUAAAGAAGAACUUGGAGCAGAUAUUUAAAUUGUAAAAUGUCUGGUGAUGGGAGUUAUAAUUGGGUUUCAAAGUGCAACAAACAGGUCUCCUUAAUCACAGUUGCAUUAAUGUGCUUGUUUACUUUGAUCAGGCUACCUUGCUUAUUAACCUCAAGGACCAAGUUUAGUCUUCCUCUGAGAAUUGAGAGAAUGAAUAUGUUCUCCUUUUUGGAAUAAUUAAGGAUUAUUUAAAUAUUAAAGAAACACGUUGUUCUCUUUUAUACCAAAACUUUUUUUUAGUUUAUUAUUUUUAUCACAAAGUAACAAUAGUUGGAAGGAUUUAUAACAUAACAAGAUUGAUUCCAGUCCUAUAGAAAAGCGUAUUUAAUGAUUUUCUACAGAAAAUCACCAUUAGUGGGAUCUUUGCAAAAAAAUAAGUUGAUACAUUUUUCUAAUGGACUGGAAUCAACCCCAAUGUGUGGUUAAAAAAGUUUAAAAUUAAAUAAAUGAAUGGACAAAUAUUAUUAUUUUUUUCCAGUUGUAAUAACAACAAAAUUUAUAGUACAGUAGUUUCAGCCAUUUAAGUACCUUGACGAUAAAGAGUCUACAGAUUACACAUUUUGUGAGAUUUUAAUUGAAUCACAAGUAACAGCAAAUCUUGAGAUCUAAUCUAGAAAAUGUUUUGAGUUUUUUUAAUACACAUUAAAAACAGGACUAAAAAAAUGAUAUAAGCAUAACAUUAAAGUUUACCUAUAACAUCCAUUGAUCAGAAAUAAGGAGCGGAUCAUGUCGGAUAGACCAAUGAUAAAUCAGCCCCAUAGGUCCAGAUGAUAAAAGGAUAGUCAGAGCUAAAAGAAAUUGCCUUUUUGGUCUUGCCAUUCUCGCAAUCCGUGGCUCCAUAAUAUUUUUUUAGAAAGUGGGCUGAACCUCUCUGAUCCGACGAGUGGUUAUGUGCAAUCCUUAGUAAAUAAUAGGACUCACAGUUUCAUCAAAAUUCAGCCAACAUCGCAAGUGAUCUCAGAACUUGGCAAGGGGGGAAUAUGUAUUCCAAGUAUGUUUACCCAACAUAGACUGUGCGUUCACUAAAACAAAAAUUGGUGUCUGUGCAGUACAAGUUCAGAUAAUACAUAUGUAAAUUAAGCUUCACUGUACAUUCAGUAGAUUUGUUACAAUAGAAAAUCUCACCACUGAGAAGUUGGCGAGACUAAUAUGACUGAAAAGGUGCAUCUAAGAUGGAGGAUAGUCCUUUUAAAAAUAGGAACUUACAUUGAAGUUUCCCCAUUAAAAUACAGGUUACGCCCAUGAAAAACCUAUAUACAUUAUGUUUGUAAUCUCCAUUGUUAAUAAAGAAGAAACAAACAAACAGGAAAUAUUAUUAAACCUAUAGGAGAAGUAGGCAUGUGGGUAUAUUGUUCAUAUGUAUACAAUGUAUUAUUUAUAGGUAUUAAAUUGCAAAAUGCUGUCAUUUGUAUUUUAAGUCUUGUGAUUUUAAAAAUCCUGGGUUUUGCUUUUGGCGUGUUCUAUAUUAUAACACAUUCAGAACAGGCAAUCAAAUUAGAAUAUUAAAAAAAAUACACAAAACACAUUUUACACAGUUAAAAACGCAAUUUGGUAAAAAUAGAAAGUCGCAGCUACUGUCUUCUAUGAAAUGUUAAUAUCUCAAACAUUAAGGGGCUGAUUUAUCAAGCCGUCAAUCAGCCCCUAUGCAUCUGUUUCAGCGCAAGCCUUCAGGUUCGCAGGAAACAGGAAUUAAGAAGCAGCAGUCUUAAGACCGCCGCUGCUCCUUAACUUGUCCGCCACCUCUGAGACGGCGGACAGCAAUCAACCCAAUCGGAUACCAUCUAGCUAUUGGCCGCAAAUCUGCAGGGGGAGGCAUUGCACAAGCAUUUCUUGUGCAAUGAUAAAUGCUGACAGCUAUAGCGGAUCAUGUCUGCUCACACUUUGAUAAUUUGGUGCCUAAAUCUUCUUCCUAAGAAAAAAAAAAACACGGCAAAAGCAAAAAACACGAUUUUUAAAUUCACGAAAAUACUUGAAGGGACAUUCCAGUCAAAAUGUUAAUGCACAUAGAUGACUUACAUCUUUGAAUAGAAAUAUAUUCAUAAUAUGCAUGUAUUGGAAAAAAUGCUUCUAGUAAACGUUAUCACUGUUUUAGUCUUAACGUUUUUCUCUGCGUGCGCAUAGCUAGAUAUUCUCUGUGCUCCAGCAUUUUAAAUACUGAAGCUGCUCAGAGCUCCAGUGGAGCUUGUAUCAUGUCAACAAUAAAAUAUAUAUAGAAUUUUACACUGUAAUACAUAUAAAUAAUACAAUGUAUACAUAUGUACAAUAUACCCACAAUACCCCCCCUCCUAUAGGUGCAUUAUUUAUGUUCUAGUUUACUAUUGCAACAAAAGUUUCUAUUGACACAUGUACAUUGUAUUUGCAUUUAAUACUGUCCAAAGGGAUCAUUUACAUUACACCUUUAAUGUAGGUUGCGAUGCUGUAAAAUUCUGCCAGUAUCAUAAAAGAAUAUACCCAUAGAGAUGUAUAGUAAAACACCUCUUGGUUAGAAUGACUUCAAACAGGGAUUUCAGCCCUUUUUAACAUUUUAGGGGCAAUGCCAAUUACAAAUUGGAUAACUUUUUAAAAUAUUGCUUUUAUCUCAAUGCUUUUAUCAACGGGCCCAUAGGGAGAUGAUAUUUGUUUUCUCCUAGUAAACUAGAGAAAGAGAAAUAGUCUUAUUCUAAGCCAUUACUGUUUUUAAAAAAGUAAAGUAAAGGAAGAAUAAAACAAAAAGAUAUGUAAAGAAAACCACAUGAGCUUAUUGUAUUUCCAUUCAUAAGAUGUCAAAAGCUCUGAUGUUAAGCACAAAAAAAAAACUUGUUUACAAAAUUCUGCAGGGAUAUCAGUCGCUUAAAAAAAAAAAAAGACUCAUAACUUGUCCGCCUGCUCUGAGGCCCGCGGACAGAAAUCCACCUGAUCAAAUACUAUCGGGUUGAUUGACACCCCCUGCUAGCGGCCGAUUGGCCGUGAAUCUGCAGGGGGCGGCAUUGCACAAGCAGUUCACAAGAACUGCUGGUGCAAUGAUAAAUGCAGACAGCGUAUGCUGUCUGCAUUUAUCGUUCUGCAGCGGACAUAAUACGCUACACCGUAUCAUGUCCUCUCACACUAUGAUAAAUCUACCCCAUUGUAUAAAGUCACAGUUUUUUGUGAACUAAACUUAAUUAUUAUACAUUUUUGUAUUUAUUUAACCAAAUUGUAGCUAUGUUACCACUAUUUCCCAUCCCCUUAUUUAUACAAUAUUUUGUUAUUGUUUUUACAAUAUCAAGAUUUGCUGCUUUAUAUAAGAAAAACUACAUUUUCCUCAAGGAAUAUUUUGUUUUUGUACAAAAAAAAAUUGUAUAAUCCAAUAAAGCAUAUGUAUUUUUCCAUUGCUUUGUAUGGCAUAACAAAGCCACAUGUUAUUAAAAUUUUUAUUAAAUAA